UGGAGCGGGGGCGCGCUCCCUGCGCAUUCUGCGUUAGUGCGCAUGAGCGGACGGGGUAGAAGGGGCGUGUCCCCUGGCGCGCAUGCGUACUACGCACGAUGGUCCGCGCGACGCUAUUGCGCAUGCUCCUGGCCGUGACCCGAACGCGCGCCCCGGAAGUGCUGCGGACCGUUUCCGGUGGGAACCCGGAAGCGGCGGCCGCCGGUGGAGCGGGGCGUCGGGGCCGCCCAUGGCCGCGGGCCGGGGCCGGGGCCGGGGGGGCGGCAGCGGCAGCCAUGGGGUCGCAGGCGCUGCAGGUGCUGCGGCAGGGCGUGUGGGCCUCGCUGACGGGCGGCUGGUUCCUGGACCCGCACCAGAGCUCCUUCGCCAACUGCUUCCAUCUCUAUGCCUGGCUCUUCCUGCUCGCGCUGCCGCUCGUGCUCUACACGGCGCUGCCCCCCAGCCCGGGGGUGGGGGCUCUCUACUGCGGGCUCGUGGCCGCCUUCUUCGCGGCCGUGAAGACGGUGAAUUACCGGCUCCACGCCAUGUUCGACCGGGGGGCUGAGCCCGACGGGGACCCCGAGGGGGGCGGCGAGGGGGGAGCGGCCGCCCUCCUGCGCCCCCGCACGCCUGAUGAGGGGGAGACCCCCCCGCGGCCCCCCGGGGGGGCCGUGGAGCUGUCGGUGUUCCGGCGGCCGGGCUCGACCCCCCCCGUGCGCUGCAGCUCCCAGCACUCGCUCUGCGGCUUCAACCAGCUCUCGGAGCUGCUCCCCCACCUGGAGGACGCCGGAGGGGCCAGGGACAUCCAGCAGCUGGUGCGGGAGCAGGGCAGCAACAACGUCAUCGUCACCGCGGCCGACCGCGACCGCCUGCGCCGCGGCCCCCCCGCCGCCGGUGGCUGCGGGGAGCGGCGUGGAGGAGGGGGCCUCGGCCAGCAGCCCCCCCCCCGUCCCCCCCCCCGGUGUGGGGGCUCGUCGGAGAGCGGGCUGAGCGGGGGGGGGCCGGGCCGCGGGACCCCCAGCAGCCAGCGCACGGCCUCCACCCGCCUGGACAGCCCCCCCGGCCCCCCCCCGGCGAGCGACCCUCCCCAGGGGGCUGCGGGGGGGUCCUCGGGGGGCUCCAGCCUCAGCCUGGCCUCCAGCCGCCGCCCCCCCUUCUCCUCCUCUUCCUCCUCCUCCUCCUCCUCCAGCCUCUCGGCCGACUCCCCCCCCCACUGCCCCCCCCGCCGGCCCCCCCUGGCCAAGGCUGACCUGGAGGCCCCCCUCGAGGGGGCUGGGGGGCCGGCGGAUGGGGGGCCCCCCCCCGAGAGCGACCACCCAGGGGAGACCCCCGGCGCAGGAGGUGAGUGGGGUGGGGGGGUGGGAGCCACGCGCCGCCGCCACCACGCCGGCUCCAACCCCACGCCGCCCUCCUCCGCCAUGGGCUCCCCGCCCAGGCUCCCCGAGCCCCCCCGGGGCCGGCCGGGCCCCCCGGGGCGGGCGCUGACGCUGCCGGCGGCCCUGCAGCUGGCGGGGGCUCUGCUGCUGCCCCGCGCCCUGCACGAGGCGGCCGCCUUCGACGACACCUCCGAGGGCGCCGUCCACUACUUCUACGACGAAAGCGGCGUCCGGCGCUCCUACACCUUCGGGGCGGCCGGCGGCGGCUACGAGAACCCCGUGGGCAGCAGAGUGGGGCCGAGCCCCCCGCCGCCGGCGCAUGGGACCGCCACUCCCCCUCCUCCAGCGCCACCUCGGCGGAGGCGGCCGAGGGGCCCCCCCGAUCCGUGGGGGGGCUGCCGCUGCGCCGGGGACCCCUCGAGGGGCCCGAGCGGGCUGGAGCUGCUGGAGCCCCCCCGGGAGGGGCCGGGGGGCCGGGCCCCCCCUCGCCGCGCCUAUCGCUGCCGGGUGCUGCCGGGGCGCUGGGUGCGCCUGCGCUACGACCGCCUGGCGCUGCUGGCCCUGCUCGACCGGAACCGGCGGGUGCCGGAGAACGUGCUGGCGGUGGCCCUGGUGGCCCUGGUGGCCUUCCUGGGCUACGGGCUGCUGCUGCGGGGGCUCUUCCGCGACCUCGGCCUCCUCCAGUUCUGCCUCGUCAUCGCCGGCUGCCAGUACUCCCUGCUCAAGAGCGUGCAGCCGGAUGCCGCCUCCCCCAUGCACGGCCACAACGCGCUGGUCGCCUACAGCCGCCCCGUGUAUUUCUGCCUGGCCUGUGCCCUCAUCUGGGGGCUGGACGCCGCCGCCCGCGCCCCCCCCCGCGCCCCCCCCGGCCCGGCCCCCCCGCUCUGCGGCCUCCCCCUCCUCAGCCCCGGCGCCGCCCGCGCCGCCCGCGACGCCGCCGCCGUGUUCACCCUCUGCUUCCCCCUGGUUUUCCUGCUGGGGCUCCUGCCCCAGGUCUCCACCGGCCUCAUGUACCUGCUCGAGCAGGUCGACAUGCACGUCUUCGGCGGCACCGCCGCCACCAGCCCCCUGGCCGCUCUCUACGGGCUGACCCGCAGCGUCCUGGUCGCUGCCGCGCUCUACGGCUUCUGCCUGGGGGCCAUCCAGGCGCCGUGGGGGGAGCAGCAGGUCCCCCUCCUCUUCUCCGUGUUCUGCGGGCUCCUGGUCGCCGCCUCGUACCACCUCAGCCGGCAGAGCAGCGACCCCGCCCUGCUGUGGUCCCUCAUCCGGGCCAGGCUGUUCCCCGAGGUGCGGAGCCGCAGCCCCGAGGGGCCGGGGGGGGGCGGGGUCCGGGACCCCCUCCCCGAGCAGCUGCGCGCCUCCCUGCGCGAGGUGCUGCUCUCGGACCUGGUGGUGUGUCCGGCCGUGGCCGCGCUGGCCUUCGCCGUCAGCGCCAGCACCGUCUUCAUCGCCCUCAAGUCGGUGCUGGGCUACGUCCUGCACGGGCUGGUGGCCCUGCUGGGGCUGGUGGCCCACUACCUCCUGCCGCAGCUCCGCAAGCCCCUGCCCUGGGGGUGCCUGGCCGGGCCGGUGCUGCGCCCCCGCGAGCACGGCCACUUCGAGGUCCGCGGGGCGCCGCAGCUGAUGUGGUUCGAGAAGGCGUUCGCGGGGCUGCAGGCGCUGGAGAGGCUCUGCCUGCACCCCGCCGUCGUGCUGCACGCCCUCACCCACCACGCCCGGACCCUCAGCGCCCGCCCCGACGCCGGCUGCCUCCACGCGCGGGCGCUGCUGCUGACGGCGGCGGGGCUGCGGCUGCUGCGGGGGUCCUUCUGCAGCCCCUCGCAGCUGCCCCCCGCCCUGGCCCUCGCCCUCCUGCUCUUCCGCUGCGACUUCCCCCGCCUCUCGCAGGGGCUCCUCCUCGACCUCUUCCUCGCCUCCUUCCUCGCCGCCAAGCUGUGGGACCUGCUGUACAAGCUGCGCUUCGUGCUGACCUACGUGGCGCCGUGGCAGAUCACGUGGGGCUCGGCCUUCCACGCCUUCGCCCAGCCCUUCGCCCUGCCCCACUCGGGGCUGCUGCUGGCGCAGGCGGUGCUGGGGGCCCUGCUCGCCGCCCCCCUCGCCCCCCUCCUCGGCAGCGCCCUCUUCCUCCUCUCCUACGCCCGCCCCGUCAAGUUCUGGGAGCGCGACUACAACACCAAGAGGGUGGAUCACUCCAACACCCGCCUGGCCACGCAGCUCGACCGGAACCCCGGUGGGUGCCCCACGGCGCGGCCCCCCAGCCCCCAACCACCCCCUGAGCGCCCCCUAACCCCCCAAAGCCCCCCAUAG